CCUUACUAUGUAAACAACAUUGGAUGAUCCGGGUGCUGGCAACAAAUUGAGGCAGUCUCCUGUUUCACCUUACAGAAUCAUUGGACGCUAGUUAAAUGGGUAGAAGCAAAAAAGCUGUUAAAGCCAGAAGUAAAAGAAGAAGAAAACUGAAAAAGCAUCAUCGAAAGCAGGAGAAAUUUAGAUAUGGAGCAGUGAAAUAUGAUGGAUGCACUGACGAGCAGCAUAUUGAUGAAACAUCAACAGUUGAAAGUGAUGAUAUGGAUCAUAGCAACAUGGAAACAGAUCCUCUUUUCAAAGACUUUAAAAAGUACAUAAAGGCAAAACACCAACUCGAGAGAGCAAAAGAGAAAGUUACGCAGUGUUGUGGGAGGAAAGUAGUUAAAACUGAAGAUGGGCAAGUGAAGAUUGUUUUUCUGGACUACGAGUAUAACUUUUAAUUUUGAAUUAUGGAGACCAAAAGAAGAAAACGAAAAACCUGUUCAUCAUGUAAUGAAGAAUAUUCUGCGAGACACAUGAACAGACAUGUUUGUAAACCAAAUUCAAAAUUGGUGCAAUCUGCAGCACAAGCGUGCCCAGAACCAUCAGAUGAGGAACCAUCUUUUCACUCUGAUGAAGAAUGUGAAGCAAUAUUUUCACAGAAAUCUGAGUCUGAUGAUUUAGUUAGUGAUUGUUUAGAUGAAAACUUAUCUGAUUCUUCUGACAAU